AAAUGUGAUAAAGACAUAAACUGUUAUUCUAAAGUUUUUGUUGCCACAAAUAAUUUCCAAGAAGUGAAAGGAGGACAAUCAAUACCUCCAGGACUUCAUGUUAAAAUUGAUUUUAGUACUGGGAAAAAAUAUGCAAAAAUUCUUGAUCCUAAUGAUCCUAAUGAUAAUGAUUCAUCUGAUAUAAUAAUAGUUGAUCCAAUAGAACCAAACAGCAAUAACAACAAUGACAAUAUUAAAGAUGACGAUCAUGCGAAUGAUAAGAAAUCCCAAAGCUCAAAUAGUCAAGAUUUCAAAGUGACAAUACAUCAAUCACCUUCAUCCUCACCUUCUUUUUCAUCACCACCCUCGUUUGAUAGUGACAACAACAACAACAUUAAUUCAAAUUACGAAUUUCAAAAGUUAUUAUUAUUACACAAUAAAAACGAUCGAGAUGUUCCACAUUCGGACCAUAUUCUUUUUGAUGAAUAUGUUUCUCAAUUAGAAAAACCUACUUCACAUCCCUUAACAAUUUUAAUAUCUGUUUUGGAUGGAUUAGAGGAUUUGGUUCAUGAACUUGAUUUUGGUAUAAAAUUGACUAAAGAAUUUGGAUUAAAGUAUUUGAUUUCACUUUUAAAUUUUGAUUCAGAUGAAGUCAAACAAAAGGCUGCUAUGGUUAUUGGUACUGCAUUGCAGAAUAAUCCAUCAGCACAAAACAAUGCGAUUAAUUUAAAUCUUGUUCCAUAUUUAUUGGAUAAAUUUUCUAAAGAAAAUAAUCUUAAAGUUUCUUCACGUCUUCUAUAUGCAUUAUCAAGUUUAGUGCGUGGUAAUGAGUAUGCAAUACAAUUCAUCAAAAAUAACCAAGGGUUAGAAACAUUGACAAAUGUCUACACAAAAUUUGACGACAAUGAAUUUAAAGCAAAAUUUGCUGUAUUUAUAUCAGAUUUUAUAGAUCCCAAUAUGGUUAAAUCAACUGCUACUACUUCUUUACCAUCUUUUAAUGUAGCUCACGUUGAUCAAAAUCAAGAUCAAGAUUCAUUAACAUUAUUUUCAACAUUGAUGGAAACUCUAUGUAAAAAAUUUCAAGAUACUUUAUUUGAUGAUCAAGGAAAUGCUAAAAAUGUUGAUUUCAAUUCAC